UCUCUGCUGUCAGUAUUCAGUGGGAGGGUACGUUAGACAGCAGCAGCCUCGGAGCUAAAACCAACGUGACAGACCGGAGUCUCAAUAACAGCACCCGAACCGAGAGCAGCAGUUCCAGAGAAACCUGAAUACUGCAUAUGGAGACCACCAGUUGUCAUUUGUCGACUGCUGCGUAAGGAUAACGAUUCAGCCGGCUCGACAGCAGCGACCGCGAACCGCAGUAACGUUAGAUGUUGUUGCAUUGUUCACGUGAAAGGAAGAAAAUCGCUGGUUUGCAGCGGAUCCUCGUGCAGUCGACCGGAACCGGACUCGGUUGUUGAUUUGUCGUAAUGUUUUAUCACGGGAUACAUCGUUACGCUGGAUACCGAAUGUAAUGAGUCAUUGCAUCACGCUGGAUUCAACAGCCCCGUGUUAAACUUGGCCUGUCGAGCAAACGGCACGAUGAACGCGUAGCUGCGCUAAAUUUAUGGAAUUUAUAUUUUCUCACCAUUCGGUUCUCCAGCCGUGAUUCUUUUGGUUCUUACAACUAUUUGGCGAUUCCCUCUAUUAAAUUAUUCGCUCGGUCAACUCAAGCAACUGCAGCUGUCGCUUUGUCUACAUCAGAGGGGAGUGGAGAUGACGAUACGAAAGUAAACCUGGACCUGGUUUUUGGGUUUUGGAGCCAGGUCUCCUGCACUCUAAAGGUCUGAAGAAUAUCAGGGCUCUUGCCCUUUUCCCUCUUGCGGUCCCUUAUGCCCAAUGACGGCUGUCUCUGGGUCACUGCAGGAUGGAUGAAGUGGAUUUGACAGUUUUUGUCUGUCACCAUCAGUGCUUGCCUCUCAGUGACUGUGUCUUGUUCUUUUACGUUUAUAAAAGAACACCUCCUCUCUUGGGCUCUGGCCCCUCACACUGUAAGAGUAACUGUUAGUAAGGAAUACCCCACGGAGGGGGCCUUCCAGCAAACUCUGUGGUUCACGUGAGCUUUUAUUACUUUUUUUUUUCAUAGGCUUUUUGUGCUGCAGUGAAAAGCAGAAAGAGGAAAUUUCCGCAAGAAGUCAAGGUUUACAUUUGAGUUUUUUCAUAAUAAUUUAUUUAUAAAUUUUAUUUUAUUUUUUCCUGGAGAGAUGUCGUCGGAAAAUCCCAACAAGGUGGUGACCUUCUUGGCCCCUCCACCUUCAAAGAAUGUGAAUGGCUCCGGUUCGGACUCACUGGUGGGUGAGAAGCUAGACACGGAGGUCAGAAAACGACGCCACACCAUGGAUAGAGAUCUGAAGACGGCUGAGCACAGAUUUUUUAGGCGUAGCGUCAUCUGUGACUCCAAUGUCACAGCCCUUGACUUGCCCAGCAAAGCCUGCCUCCUCACCUCGCCUCCGGAUUGUGAGCAGUUUGUUGUGCCUGUAGUGCUGCGUUCGGCCCCUGACGUUAUCAUUGACACCCAAGUGGGGAUUUCGGGUGUCCUAUUGGAAGAACAUGCAGAGGAUGGAAGAGCUGCUGGGGUUGGGAUUGUGGAGGUACAGAGCCCAUCUGUGCAGGAUGCGGGUGUGAGGCAGAUCGAGGCCCUUGGGAUGCCAGAGACGGAGCCCAUCGAUGUGGGUGACAAGGAGCAGGAGAGUGGAGUAGCAGACAAACGUGAAGAGGAGGAGAAAGGGGUGGCGAAGGCCCGUGCUGAAGCUGAGCAGAGGGAGGCUGAGAAAAAGGUUCAGGAGGACGAAGAAGUGGAGACCAAAGCUGUGGGAACCUCACCUGAUGGGCGUUUCCUCAAAUUUGACAUCGAGAUUGGACGCGGCUCGUUCAAAACCGUCUACAAGGGUUUGGACACGGAGACAACGGUGGAAGUAGCGUGGUGUGAACUUCAGGAUCGGAAGCUGUCGAGAUCAGAGCGCCAGCGCUUCAAGGAAGAGGCUGGCAUGUUGAAAGGCCUGCAGCACCCAAACAUUGUGCGUUUUUAUGACUCAUGGGAGUCGCCCUCCAAAGGCCGCAAGUGCAUUGUGCUGGUCACAGAGCUCAUGACGUCAGGAACCCUAAAAACGUAUCUGAAGCGCUUCAAGGUGAUGAAGAUAAAGGUGUUGCGGAGCUGGUGCCGUCAAAUCCUGAAGGGCCUGCACUUUCUCCACACCAGGGCUCCUCCCAUCAUUCACCGGGACCUUAAGUGCGACAACAUCUUCAUCACCGGUCCCACCGGCUCCGUUAAGAUCGGUGAUCUGGGCUUGGCCACCCUCAAGCGCUCUUCAUUCGCUAAGAGUGUCAUAGGUACCCCUGAGUUCAUGGCUCCUGAGAUGUACGAGGAAAAAUACGACGAGUCGGUGGAUGUGUACGCCUUCGGAAUGUGCAUGCUGGAGAUGGCUACCUCUGAGUACCCGUACUCCGAGUGUCAGAACCCCGCUCAAAUCUAUCGCAGAGUCACCAGCGGAGUUAAACCUGGCAGUUUCGACAAGGUAGCCAUUCCAGAGGUGAAAGAGAUCAUCGAGGGAUGUAUUCGCCAAAACAAAGAUGAAAGAUACGCCAUCAAGGACCUUCUGAACCAUGCCUUCUUCCAGGAGGAGACUGGGGUGCGGGUGGAGCUGGCUGAGGAGGACGAUGGGGAGAUGAUUGCCAUCAAACUCUGGUUACGCAUUGAAGACGUCAAGAAACUGAAAGGCAAAUACAAAGACAACGAAGCCAUCGAGUUUUCCUUCGACCUCAGUCGAGAUGUGCCAGAGGAUGUGGCUCAGGAAAUGGUUGAGUCGGGCUAUGUUUGCGAGGGUGACCACAAAACCAUGGCCAAGGCCAUCAGGGACCGUGUGUCCCUGAUCUGCCGCAAACGAGAGCAAAGACAGCAGGUGCGAGCCGAGCAAGAGAAACGCAAGCAGGAGGAGGAGCAAAAGCAGUUGUCCAGCGAGUCUUUGAAGAAUGUGCCUGGCUCUCAAGGAUCUGCACAGAGUCAGUGUGGUUCCCAGCCUCCGACCCCUGGCCUCAUCCAGCCUGAGUGUGAGGAGCCUGAUGCAGACCAGCAGCUUCAGUACAUGCACAGUGGAAUGACCUUGGCUGACGGGGUGCUUGAAAGUGGUCAGGGUUCAUCCGUGUUCUCAGAACCUCAACUCAGCAUGUCGUAUAGUUCUCCUGCAUCGUCGCAACCCCAACAGGUGCCUGGACAGGCUGCCUACCCUCCCAGCUCUCAAGCUCCCCAACAGCACACUGCAUACCCCCAGCAGCCCAUGCCUCCUCCACCUCUUCCCCGUCGUCGUGGUCGUAGCAUGUCUGUUUGCGUGCCCUGCUUUUCUACCACCUCUGCUCUGUCGUGUCCUCCCAAGCCAACUUCAACCCCUCCUCCAGUCGCAUCAGCCCCACUCUCACCCCGGUUGGGGAGGCCAGAUGGGGAGACGUUUGCGGGCCGACUGUCCAAAGCACUGGAGAGUGUCUUGCCCCUUCACUCGGCCCCACCCCAUCGCCGUGCCAGUCUCCCAGCAAUCUUUACCAGUCCUCCGCAAUCAGUGAGUCAGCCGUACAGUGGAGGAGGCUCAGGUCUGGUCGAGCCCCCGCUCUUUUUCCCCACCAUCCCGGAACGGCCUGUCUCGUUCUCCCCCCCACCAUCUUGCUCGCCUAAACCUUUCAACGUGCAGCGCCGCAGGAGCACCUCCAUCCUGGAGGCCCACACGCGUCACUUCCAGCCCGCCUACCAUCGUAGCAACGGCAGCAGCAUGCACCCGUUUUCUGGCAUGGAAGCUUUGGGCCCUGGCUGCGAUCCCUCCCUGUUCAUGAUGUCUGGGAUGGCGGCUCAAAGAUUUGCAGAGCCACUGCACCUACAGCCUCCAGCAGAACCGCUAUUCGGAUAUAAAGACGUUAGGGCCGAGCAAGAGGAAGUUGUGCGUAGACUCAGCCUCAACCAGGCUGCAUUAAUGGACCAUCUGGAAGCCAUGGCCUACAGUGGCUACCCUUUGACUGCACAUCAGCUAAGCCACAUCAGCUUCCAUCAGCAAAUGCAGGUGGCUGCUGCAGCUAGCUUGGCCUAUGAGACUCAAUCACAGCCUGGGCCAGCUUACCUACACCCUCAUGUCCAGAGCCACAUGCGCUUAACCCACAGCCCGAUCCCACAGCUGCCUUCCAUGAAUGUGUCUUGCUCUGCCUCUGCACCGCAGCAAACCGCAGCUGCAGAUCCAUGCUAUCAGCCCCACUCAUUUCCCCAUUCCGCACCACCCGUGUUGGCUCACACAUCUGAGCCGAGCACCACCUUUGAAUUCCACAUGCACAACCUCCAGGCGGACCCAGCCAUGCUGGCGUCCAGACUGUACCGAGCCCGCCGGGGCUCCAUGGACCUUAACCUGGAGGAAGCAUCUGGCAGCCAGGGCUUGUGUAGUCGACUGCAGCCUGUUACCGAAGAACUGUAUAGCUACGUGAGCCCGGAGCUGCCCCUUCCCCCGGGCAGCCUGCUUCUCCAUGGACCUAAAGAACUAAGUCCUGAACCUUCAAGUGACUCCAUGACCUCCUCUGAUGCUGGGGAGUUCCACUCGCCUCCGCCUCAUUCAUUGUUCCAACCUCAAGACUGCUCUGCAGCUCAGUCCAUCCCACAAACGUUGUACUACAAAACCGAUGGAGGGAGCACCAUCAGCGAAGGACACCCACCCAGUCAGACGGCAUUUCUGUUUGUUCCACCUUCUGAAUCAUCCACCAUUCCAUCCUCGCACAUCACUGCUCUGCACAGUACUUGGGCCCGUCAACCAUCCCAUCCACCGGACCUCAAAUACCACGAGCCUGCCUUGUCCCAUCAGGGCACUACCUUGGUGCAGGUCCCAAUGCCUCAAUCAACAGGUGCCAUGUCUCUGGUUUCCUGCAGCACCCCUUCAGCCACCUCUGCUUCUCAACAGUAUGGAGGUUACUACAUCCAAGCACUCCCUUCGCAGGUUUCUCUGGGGCAGACAUUCCAACCAGGUGUCUCGUUAUCCCAACAGCAAGCUCCCCAACAGCCUCCCAGCACUAUGGUUCAGAGCAGUUCCCAAACACAGGUCCAGCCAGGCCCCCAGCCCACACAGCUACUCUGCGUGCCAACUAUAGCAGUUGCCCCGUUUCUCCAGCAACCUGUGCUUGAAGCGCUGACGUGCCCGGCAGCCGUACCUGCGCCAGCCACGUCCCCGUCAGCGCUGCCACCUCAUCUACCCCAGUUGGUACCGCCAAUAGUGACACCUGUGCCAACCAUCCAUGUGGUCACAGUCCCCUCCCCCACCGAACAGCCAUGUUUGCCAGCAGACACCCCAGCGCAGACAUCUCACAGCGUCUCUCAGACUUUGACGACAGAGCUGUCACAACUCCAAACUCCUGCUGUGGAGAGCUGUCAUUCUGAUGUGGCAUCUGGGCUCAGCGAUGGUAAUGAGGGUGUAACGGGUGGCAGGCAUGAGGGUCGUUCUGCUAAACGGCACCAGCGCAGAUCAGUACGCAGCCGUUCACGCAAUGAAAAAACCUCUAAGGCCAAGCUCAAUGUUCUUAAUAUCUCCAGCAAGGGCGAUAGAGUUGCGGAGUGUCAAUUAGAAACACACAACAGAAAAAUGGUUACUUUCAAGUUUGAUCUUGACGGCGAUAACCCAGAGGAAAUUGCACAGAUAAUGGUACAAAGUGAAUUCAUUCUAGAGAGCGAGCGCGAGUCCUUCAUCGAGCAGAUUCGAGAGGUCAUAGAAACAGCAGAUGAGAAAGGUGUGGAGAGAGAGCGCAGCCAGUCAGUCAGUGAUCACGAGCAGCAUAUGCCCACCACAUCUGCGCCUCUUGAGCAAGGUGUGCCACCUAGUUCAGCUGCCCUGGUGGUCCACUCGGCAGGCCGCAGGUUUAUCGUGAGUCCAGUGCCUGAAUCCAGACUGAAGGAACAGUUCUUUACCUCACCCCAACCCACAAUUGAAGAACCUUCACCCUCUGUGUCAGUUCCACUGCCUGCCUUGGGGCUUUCUAUGUCGGCGUCUGCAGUCAGUCUACAGCAGGCAUUCUCUGAAUUGCGUCAAGGCCGGUUUGACCCGGGUCCCAGCACUGCGCCGCCUAUGCUCCAUAUCUCCAUGCCCCCUCUGGUUCCUGCCGCAGUACCCUUGCCCCCUAGCACCGCCCCGGUGGUCCCUCCCCCAGUGUCUUCUGAAGUGACCUCUGUCUCCAUAAACCCUCCAGGGUCUUUGUCACCUCCUCCUACCCUUCCUGCCUCCGCCAUGACCUCCCCUCCAGCCCAUUCGCAUCUCCCUCUGCCUCAAAGUCAGGCUGUACCUACCGUCAUCAGUGUUAUUUCCACCACAAUACCAGUUGUGCCUGCCGCGACAUCCUUCCCCCAAACCUCAGUCCCCAUGCCCGUACCUGCCUGUACUGCUGCUCUGCUCACUCACCCUGCGACUCCUAUGGGAUCUGUUUCUGGUGGCAGUAGUGAACAGCCGCCCAUCCCCUCCACUUCAGCUCAGCUCACACCACCAGUCAUCCCCACCACAGCCAUCCAGACGCCGCAGCUCGCACCAUCCACCACCACGGUUAUUCCCACCUCGGCUGCUCAGUCACAAGUGCCCACCCUCCAGCCGGUUACCACCAAUACACCAGUUGUGCAGCCCACACCCGUGCACAGCCAACCUCAAACCUCUACCAUACCCAAUCAGAGCAAUGCACAUUGUGUAGAAUGUGACAGCGAUCCGCAGGGAAAGGGCGUUGAUGACAUUCAGGCUCUGGAUAAAAAACUGCGCUCGCUUUUCAUGGACCUAGGCUCUGGUCCGCCCUCUGCCCAGUCUGAUAUCACAUCUGACCCCAUGGCAGCCCAAAGCAUCCCUGGCACUUCCUCUCCGACUACCUGCGCCACCCCUAGCGGCACCCCUCUCCCUCCCUCUAGUUUACCCCUGAACUCCCCCGGUCAGUCCAUGGGCUCUCCCAUGACCUCCAUGGGUAAUGCCUCCACCCCAGUCGGCUACAGUCAGACGACUCCAUCCAAAGCACCAUUAUCAAGAUUACCGGUGUUGCCUGUUGGCCCAGAUCAGGCUGGCACGCCACCCACAGAGCACCUACCACCCUUCCCAGGACCUUGUUUAACUCAGUCCCAGCAGCCCCUGGAGGAUCUGGAUGCCCAGCUGAGACGGGCGCUGAGUCCAGAAACGGUCCCAAUCAGUAGUGUCACGCACCAGUCGUCUCUCACUGGGAUCCCAACUGGAGGACAGCCAGGUUCGUUUUCUUUGGAUGAUGAGCCAGCAGCUGCACCUGCAGCUGGAGGAUACAAACUGGGACGAUUCCAGGUGUCAGCGGCUCCUGAUGAGAACGCCCUGCAGGCUCCCACCACCUCCCAUGACUCAUCCUCCACAUCUUCUUCCUCCACCACCACCUCCUCUUCAUCCUCCUCCUCCACUCUCUCUAGCCCUGAGAACACGUUACACAGAACCUCCUCUCCCCUUAGAGACACGAAAGUAGAUGAGAUUGAUGGCCUCCCUGCUCUCCCCAACCGGACGACAACCCAUCCCCAGCCCACCACCAUUGGCCGUUUCCAGGUGACCACCAAGACGGACACGAAGGUGGGGCGUUUCUCAGUGAGCAGAUCACAGGACGAGGCUCUUGUGGCUAGCUUACAAACCCCAGAACCUCAGCCAGCACCUCCAGCCCAUCCAGCUGUUGGGAACGGUCCAAGUCCCGGGAACCUCAACAACUCGGUCAGCUCCUACUUCAGCAGCGACAAUGACUCAGAGUUUGAAGAUGAAGACUUUAAGAGAGAAGUCAGCAAGCUGAGGGAGAAGCACAUGAUGGAGAGUCAGGCUCUGUACACCCGGCAGAAGGCAGAGAUUGAAGCACUGUUCACUCGCUUGGGCAAAGCACCUCCCGCCAUGGUCAACCCUCCCGUUGUAAACCCAGCCGGCCGCAGACGACGUCCCACCAAGAGCAAAAGCAGCAAAUCUAGCCGCAGCAGCUCACAGGGCAGCAAGAGUCCUGUACUGCCAGCAACCAGCACUUUAUCCGCGCAGAGCGCUCCCUCUGUGUAUCAGCCUCAGCAGGCCUUCCUGGCCCCUGGGGGGAUGAUAGAUGGGGGGAGCAGCCCUCUGCUUCAGUCCUUCAAACCCUCCCCUUCUAGUGAGAACCUCUGCUCCGCUUACACCAGUGACGCCACGCUCUCUGUGCCCAGUUUGUGUGUCACCUCGCAAGGCUGUGUAAAGUUCAGCUGUGGGUUGGAGAGAGUGACCUUCAAACCAAGUGGCAGGAGGACGCGUUUUCUGAGGAAGAUGGUGAAAAAAGUGUGCCCCUGCAACCAACUUUGUAGGACGAGCAGCACCAACACAGUGGCGGGAAACGGUCAGAAUCUAAACCAGCCGCCCGUCUCUCAGUCCCAGAGCUGCAAGGGCAUGUUCACAGACGAGCUGCACAAAUUGGUGGACAACUGGGCCAGGGACGCUAUGACCCUGUCGCAGGGCAAGAGAGGCCCCAAGCACCAACAACAAGUGGCUCCUCAGGGCCACAGCUACGAAAUGGUUCCUCCUACCAACAUGAGUCGUAAGUACUCGGCUCCAGGCCAGCUGUGCCCAAGCAUCGCUUCAACUCUGAGCAGCCACCCGCCCAUGCCCAACACUCCCGCUACCUCUUUGGGGGCCCUGAAGGGCUCCUUGUGUCCCACGCCGCAGUACGGCUACCCCUCCGCACCUUACAGCACCCAGUGGGCUGGAUCGGCCACACACACCCAGGCCGGUCUGCUGGCCACCUCACAACCCCUGGGACAGUAUCCCCAGGUUCCCACCCCUUUACAGACCUUCCACGUCAGCACUUUGCAAAAGUCAGUCAGCCACCCAGGUGGACCCAACCUGAAGACCACGUAGGACAGGGCCUAGCCAUGCCAGGCCUAAAUAACUCUCGAAUUGGGGGAAGGAAGGGGGAUGGAUUGGGCAAGAGUUUGUUUGCAUUGCAGAGAUUCUGUCACACAAGUUUCCUUUGGGAUGGUUGAGGAAGAAGAUGCCAGAAUCCUCCUGCAUGCUCACAGAUAUGCCACGGGGAUGAUGCACAACGAUGCAAAGGAUAAGAGAAGAUGAAAAUAAAACAACGGACACUUGUGUGCAAUGUUACGUGGCCAAAGAAGGUGUGACCAUUUUUAUUGUUAAGGUGUGUAGUGAUGGCAUCCUUCACCACCCAGCCCCAAACAUUUGUCAAGGGGUUCAAGGUUUGCUGACCUAAAAUGGAAUAGAUGCCACUGGCAUCCAUCUGUAUGUCCUCCUGAUAAAUUCAUACAUCAAGCAUAUCAACAAACUGAGGUCGGGUGGGUGACGGUGAGCAGCAAAGAGUCAAACCUAGUGUCCUUGUUCCCCUCUUGCCCUAAACCCUCUGCUGCAAUGCCAUGGAAUAAUGCAAUAAUUACAAUGGUAGAAAAAAGCCCAUUUUAAAACACAGGACGUGGCCUUCGUUAGAUAAAAUGACAAAAUCCAUGUACAGAUUUCCUUUGUUUUUAAAUUGGGUUAUGAGGGUUUUGAUUUCAUUCAUUGGUUGGUUGCUGGUUGGUUGGUUAGUUGGUUUUUCUUCCCUAUGCCCUUCAAGCCGGCCUUGUGUAGCAGAAUAUUAGAGACAGUUAUUUUUUAUUUUGUCAUGUUUAGAGGCCUUUCAGCUGCCCCCCGAGGUUUGUUCUACAAAGCUUCUACAAGCAACCCAUCAAGCUUGUUCACACUCAUACCGUCCUCUUCCGGUUUUCUCAUCAGGCCACAAUGGUGGAUAAAAUCAGUUGGAUUGGGGUUUGGAUACGAAACUGGAGGUCACAGGAUUUGUCGCCUUGGAGACCUGCGAAGCUUUAAAUCUAUGGCUAAUUAUCAGCUGUUUGUGAUCAUGGCAGCAUUAGGGGCCUCUUACGAUAGUUUGAUUGAGACAUUCAAAUAAGUUAUGUUCUGUAUGGACCUGUAUUUACUCAUCAGUUAUUGAUGUUGAAACACUGUGAUUAUUACAAAUGUUGUUGGACAACAUUAGAUAAGAAAAGUAAACAAAAAAAAAAAAACAUGAAAUUUUAGAGGGGUUUGGAUAUUAGCGUUCAUGAGAUGUAAGGCUAGCUAUUUCAUUAUUCACAUCGUAUUGGAGACACUUUAACCCCUUUUUCCCCCUUUGUACUUUCUUUAUAUUAUUAGAUAAAUGUGAAUGUAAAAUGGAUUCAGUUAAUGUACUUGAAGAAACAAAUCUUUCGCUCUUUCCCUACACCCAGUGAGCUGUCUGAAGAUUCUAGUGCCUUGCAUUAUUUUUGUGUUUUUGUUUUUUGGAGUUGGGGUUGAUGUUAGACAGCAGAGAGUCUCAAGCGUUGCACUUGGUUGGAGUGCUGGUCUUUGGACUUCACAGAGGGUGAACAUUAAUAUAUUGCAGAAAUGAGGUGCUGUUUUGGAUGAAACCGUUUCAGAUACUUCGUCAAUCUACCUUAGUGUGCAAGUGUAAGUGUGCCUGUCAUCACUGCACCCUUUCUAGAGUAGAAGAGUCAUUUAAAAUGCUAUUGACAACCAGUCUUUGUUUUCCAGAUGGAUUCUUAAAAAGGUGUGAACGGUUCUUGUGAAGGUGAAGGAUCGGCUCAGAUAGAAGUGCAGGACGAGGAAAGUUAGUAUGCAUGGGAUAGUAUGUUGUAAGUAUUUCAAAACCACCAGUAGCUUAGAUGUUUUUCCAGCACUGCUUACUUGGGUUUGACACCAUCCAGUGUCAAACCCUCUCUGGUGUGCGUAGAGAGACACGUUUUAGCAACAGAUGUGAAGGAAAGUGUAACUUCAUGAGCGAGAAAAGGACCAGAAAGGUGGGAAAAGACAGUUAGCAACCCUCACAGAUACAAGAACGCUACUCUCUGCCAACAGCACUGUUGAAGACUAAAUCUCGCUGGUUUCUCAUCAAUCCGCUUCUUUUGAACUCUCACUGCCCAUGUAAGUUCUCAAGUCACUGUACUGGCAACGGCCUUUGGUUUUAUGGCAGAUCAGUAGCUUCAUUUUAGGGGAUCUCAACUCUCUCUUUUUGUAGCAGUCAGUCAGAUCACUCUUGUAAAUGCUUUGGUUUAUUCAAAAUACUAGACCUGCAGUGUCAAACUCACUUUUAUGAAUAGAUGAAUAGUGAACAGUGCUGAAUCACCAGAAACAAAUGUACAGAUCCUUAGAGCAUUUUAUUUGGGGUACAAAAACGUAGUGGAGAUGCUCUCAUUAAAUUAACUAAUGAAAGGACGUAGAUUACAACUCGUUACAUACUGCUUAGUGUGCCGUCUGCGUGAAACGUCUGGUACAGGAACUUCACUUUAGGUCAGCUGUACAGUUUAGAUUCUCAACUGGAUCUCUAUAUUUAAAAUACGAUCGUUUUAUCUUUAUCUCUUGCUUUGUACACAGUGCUUUACCCGUAGACAGCUAGUUUUUACCCACUUUGCCGUUUGGUUCGUUCAAACUGUGAACACAUCAGAAGGUCUUUAACAAAGAGGUCCAACCUGCUCAGAGUUCAGACUAAUGAAAUCUGUGUAAUGCUACCUUCUGAGUGCCAUGUCCCUGUUCUAGAUAUGAUGCAAGUGUUAAUUUGCUCUCGCUGUAAGAAACAGGUCCCCCUGUUUGACUGUAGAGGGCGCUAAUGUAACUGCAGUGCAGGAUAUACAACAAAAUGAGAUUUACCUCUGACCUCUGAUGUAAAUGAUACAGCACCUUCG